ACCAACAAGACAAGCAUGGGGGAUGAUCCACUUCCUGAACUCUGUGACACUGGGAACUUAACACACAACACCAGUGAAACCCCCCGAGAGGUCAAAGGGCUUUUAAUUGAGAGCCUGCAGGAUUCUGGUCCAGAAGAAAAAGCAGAGAAGCUGAGCCCGGCUCCCCACACACAUUCGGAAGGUAAAUGUGCGCAUGAGCUCUCAGUUUACCUGAGAGGAGAAGAGUGUGGUGACGCAGAGGUCCUGACCCAGAGCACAGGUGUAUCUGCUGUCCCGCUGCCCUCUGCCCCGCCACCAAGGACCACAGGAGCCCAUCCUGAAGGAGACCCUGAGCACAGUCUCGGAGAAGUGCAGCGAAGGUAAGGCUGGAAAGAAGUUCCAGAUCACCCUCCAGUUAAAGAGAAAAUCAGCAGCCUUAGAAAAGGACAUCAUCGUAACCACUGAGACCGCUCCUCCAGGGAGGAACAUGUCCACAAAGGGAGGAGUCGGAGUCAGAGUCGGAGUAGGAAUCGGUGUAGAAGUUGGAGCAGGAGUCUGAGCAGGACUGAAGACCAUUGUCACGAAAAGUGGCGCUCCUUCACCAGAAGGCACAGCAAGCACAAGGGCCACGCCAUGGAGCACUACAAGAGGAGCCAUCACCUUGUAUGCUAUGGUGAGAGAGUCAGCCCCAGCAAGCACCUCAGUAUGAGCAGGUACAGCUACCACCACUCACCAACCAGGAGCAGGGCUGUCCAGGACCGGAGCCUAUACCACCACUCACACAGUGAGCGCGCCUGGCUCCGGGAGAAGCACUACCCUGAGAAGAUGCCGCAGGACAGGAGCAGGUACUACCCCGACAGGUACACCCCCUACGCAGUCAGGGAGCCCAGUAUGACGCGGCCACACAAGGACUCCUCCCGGGCCAGGAAGGGCUGGGAGCAGAUCCCAGUGAGGGAGCAGACCCACCUCCACAGCCCACACACAGGAGCUGCAGCUCCUUUCCCUCUGCACCAAAAGCACUAUCCCCAGGAGAAGGUGGCCUUCGGAGCUGACCACAAUGGUGGCCUCUCGGAUCGGCUUCAUGAACACGAAAGCGUAAAGUCAUGCAAACGCAGGUACGAGAGCACAGAAAGUAGGGACAGUCACCUGGAGAAGAAAGCCCACAGGAGCCUGCCGAGAGACCUGGACGAGCCUAAGGUGAAGAGCCGCAAAAAAUCAAAGAAGAAAAAGAAAUCGAAAGACAAACACCAAGAGCUUGGCUACAGGUAUCGGCUGGAUCCAUGUGUUCUGGUAGUGUAUUCUGACGCUGACCUCUGCAGACACAAAAAGAAGAAGAAGAAAAAGAGGAGGCGCUCAGGGAAAUCAGAAGAUUCUGUAAAAGAACCAAGAUUGUACUUACUGAAGGUCUUAAGAUAUGAGACUGUCAACCAUUUCUGGAGACCUGAGGGGAGCUUUCUGUUCGCCAAUGGCCUGGCUGUGGAGGUCAACAGCCUUUUCCAAAAGAAAACCAAGCAUUUAAGGAUGGAGAGCAGGGCCGACAGAUGCCACCCGGUGGAGUAUGGCCAGGGUAAGAGGAGAUUCUUCGAACUGAGAAGAGAAAAACUCUUGAUAAGUUUUUCUGGAAAUGGCAACUCACACAUGGAGAUGGAACCUUAA